GAAGGGCCGUGACGUCACCCAUGCAGGCCCCCGCCCCGCGGCGGCGCGCGCCGCUCGGCCGGAGGAGGAUCGGCGUGCCGUGCGGCGACGGCAGUGUGUUCUCAAAAUGGCAGACGGGUUGUGUUCGGGAGAGCCAGUCGACGAAGAUGUAACCGCAGUGACAGCGCAACCGAUGGCGACGAGCGGUGGUGAGGUGGUGGGCGCGUUCUGCUGUGCUGGUGGUGGUGGUGAGCUGUGCGCGCUGGGCGAGCCGCAGGGCUUCCUGGAGGACGACUGCAGGAAGAAGCGCUGCGUCGACCGCUACGACAGCUCGGAGUCUUCAGACAGUGGAGUGGCGGUCCUCAGCUGCACCGACUGCAGCGGCAGCAGCACAGCCUCGAGCGACAUCACCGAUCCCGGGUCGCCUUUCAGCACAGCGUCUAAUCACUCCGAAGACUCGGCGUCGCAGUCCUCCACGAAGAUGCCGCCAACGCAACAGACCGCCCAUCAUCCGCCGUGGCCGUGGACGACGGAAGAAUGUAGUAGUAACACGUCGAUCAACCCGAAGAGAUCCAUGCAACUAGAUAAGACUGCCUUCCCGAAACGACUCAAGUCCAACGAGGACACGACGACAACUAGCAAACAAUCACCGCCAUGCCUAAGCAACAAAAUGACGACGUCGGUCAAGGGACAAACCGCGGCCCUUGCUUCGUCAGACGCCGCCGCCACCCCUAGUCCUAACGAUAACAAUAAAUCCGUUAAUGUUAAGAAAACGUCGAAGAAGGUCGAGCUGACGAAGCAAGGGAAGAUCACGGAGUACUUCAAAUCGCAGGUGAAACUGCACGUGAUCAAAAAAGACCCCGUCUCGAAGCCGCCGCCAGUAAGUACCGCCAAAUUCGUCUCGCUAGUCGACCAGCAGACCCAGUUCAACGGCAUCAGGCCGCCGAACUCGCGCGCCGCCCCCAAGAAGUCGUCCGAGUCCAAGAGCCGCAAGUUGUCGCACGUUACAGUUCCUAGGAAGAUCCUCCCCGCCCCCAGCAAGCUCCCCGACAGCCCCGUCGCCCUCGCCCAGCCCCCGGUGAACUUCGCCCACACCAUGACCCUCACCGCCCUCAGCUUCCCGCCCAACCUGACGUACCUGCACACCAAGGCGCCCAAGCCGCCCGACAACGGCCUCUUCGUGCCGCAGUUCGCCGCCGCCGGCGCCAUUCCCGUCCUCGGGCACGUGCUCCAGCCCGUGCAGAAGGUCGUCAACAGCUUCAACUGCGUCAAGCUCAACGCCACCGUCGUGCCCUUCGUCAAGCUGAACGCGCUCCCGCCGACGCUCAGCGUGGAGACGGCGCAGCCCACGGUCAUCUCCGCCAAGCCGAAGGCGGAGGCCGCGCGCCUGGAGGAGGCGCUGUCGCGACGGAUGGGCGAGGAGAAGUCGCCCUCGUCGGCGGAGAGCUCGGACAGCGGCGUUUCAGUCAAGGACGGGCUGGAAGUGGCGGUGGAGGAGGCGGUCACGGUGCCGCCGCAGAAGUCGCCGAUCCUCUCGCAGCCGAAGACAAUCAGGUUUCCGCCGGCGAAGCAGGAGAAGGAGGAGCCGAAGGAGAAGGCGACGCACGCGCAGGAGUCGGGCCUGUGCAGGUGGGCCGAAUGCAGCGCACAAUUCGACACCAGUGGGGCCUUAUUAGAACAUCUUCAGAUAAAACAUGUGAUAUCGCAAGCAACUCAAGAACAGUACGUCUGCCUGUGGUUGGGUUGCAAGGUGCACGGACGCACAUCCUGUUCGAGGUCAUGGUUAGAGCGACACGUUUUGGCACACGCGGGAACCAAGCCCUUCCGAUGUAUAGUCGACGGAUGCGGCCAGAGGUUCAACUCCCAGUUGACGCUGGAGCGGCACGUCAACGGCCACUUCAACGGCGACGGCAACCAGAACAGCAACGCCAAGAAGUCUGCCGAGAACUCCUCCGUCAAGCUGUUCAAGCGGAACGGGAAAAAAAUAAGGUUCAGGAGGCAGCCGUGGUCAGCGCGGAUGUUUGAUUUUAUCGAUGCGGGCAUUAUGGAGGGACUGCAGCACAGGCUGCUGACGAUGACGCAGGAGAGGACGCUGGGACAGAUACACGACGAUGGGAAUGCCGUGAAUGUGCUUAGCCAAGUCAUUGCCAGGAGGGUGGAGCCGGAUGGCAAAGUCAAGUUCUUGGUCAAGUGGGACCCCGUCGGAAUAAUUCCCGACGAAUGGGUGACAGAGAAGGAGUACGUCCCGAUGAAGUCGGUCCACAUUCCGUCUCUCCAACCCACCUCCAAAGACGCCCUCACCUCCCACUUCUUCUCGCUCGAGAGGAGAAGGCAAGAAGGGCGGCGUCGCAAACCCAUCUCAAAGCAGCAAACGUGAUAUAAAGUUUUUGUUAAUAAAUUAUAUAAAUGUAAAAAGUCAUGAGUGAGCCUUUGUAAUAAACCCAUGCUUGUGUUCAACCGGCCCAAGAUGGCGCCGCGCCGCCAUGUCGGGCCGACAUUUUGUACUUUUCGUUUUGGAAACGUUCAGAAAUGGAUCUCGCUUGCAAAGGUUCGCUUCGGUUUGGUUAAACAAAUUGUAUGAUAUGUAUGGGAGCACGAUGUAUAUUUGUGAAGUCUUUCACUGUGUACAGAAAGUUUUGUAUUGUAUAGUAAAUGUAGAGACAGACGGAACGGAAAGCUUUUAACCGUUUUACAACCAGCCUAGUAUCACUGCCAUUGAACUGGUUUAUAGUUGUUAGAAACUUUCUGAUAGACUAGACGAAUUAUAAGCAUUAUCUUAUUUAAUUUAGUUAAUUUGUGUGUUCGCAAUAUUUACAAAGUAAUUUAGUUUUAUUUUUUACGAUGUACGCCGCGGGGACGUAACAGGCAACCGAGUUUUUUUUCUUUUUUCGCAUUCAUCAUCCGCAUCUCCAUUCGCUCGACGGUAGGUUUGACACUGUGAUAAAUUCGUUUCAAUCAAAUUCAAGAGAGUCAAUUGGAUCGCUUAAAGACGUAACUUCAUGUGCCAUUCUGACAAAAUUGCGUUGUUCCUGUUCGCUGCCUGUCCCCUAUCAAACAAAACUUGAACGGUUUACUACUUUUAGAUGAAAUUAUAAUUUAACAUUCCUUUCGAGCUCGUAUCUUUCUAUUUAUUUUAGCUUAAUAUUUAUUUAACUAAAUUUAAAAAACAAAAAAAAACAAGUUUGAUUCAGGAGAGUUUUCAAAUUGAAUUGAAAUGAAACACUGCCAGCAACACUGCCCAAAAAUAUGUGAAUAAUUCAAUUAGUAAAUGCCAUGACUUUUUUAUACAGAUUUUUUUAAAGCGUUCAUUUCCACUUGAGUGCCAUUUUAAAAUUUCGUCUUUUACAAUUUUUAAUUAAUACACGAUUGUGUUCUUUUAAUGUUAAUUUAUAACCUAAUGUGAUGUACUGUGAAAAUUGAUGCUAACCAACCUUGAUCUCAAAAUCUUUCGCGUUUUGCAUGUGUUCGGAGGGCGGCCGCCGCGCCCCCGCGCCGCCCCGCGCAAUCAGAUGAGUAUUAUAUAAAAUACCGUUAUCGACCAAAGAAUAAAGUUAGAGGUUACCCAAUUGACGAUAUUUUAUAUACGGUGAUUGGUGGUCGGUGGUGGGUGGGCGGGGCGGCCGGCGCCGCUUCUAAAGGAAUCAAAAAUAAUCUGUACUUAAGUUACAUCGGUCGCAGCAUUUUUCAUUUAUUUUGCUCAUAUCAUUUAGAAAAAUAGACUGAAAUUCAUCAAAUUAUUUAUUUGAAAAUUGACUGAUUUAGUUGAUAUAUUAAUACGACAAAGACAGAGUUAGACACGAUAAUCUUACGAUUGGUUGUUACUGUAGAUGUUUUCUCGUUUCCCCAGUAUUUACAUACACCGGAGUCACCUAUAGUUGUGCAGUUGCAUGUUGGUACUUGGUAGCAACCAAUCGCUGGUUUCUUAAAUUUACAGUGUAAAUACUUCUGUAAACGAUAAAAUAAACAAUUCACUAUGUAACAUAGUUUUAGUUUUAACAUAGUUUGUAUCUACCAUAUUUCUAUCAUCCAGAAAAAGUAACUUUUAUAAACUAUUCUUUUACAAUGCAUUUAGAGACAAAAAUCUAAAAUUAAGACUGUUCAAAAUUAUAUCAUAUUGAUAGGUAAUUUUAUACUAGGAGAGAAUGGUAUGAUGUAUUUCGUUCCCUAAGUUGUUCUUAUUUAGUUCAUCCCUAUUGGAGAUUGUUUGAUGGCUUGACAGACGCUACGAUAUCAUUUAAGGAAGAAAAUAUAUGAAUGUAUUGUUAAGUAGAGAAUAUUUUAAUUAAUGGCCGAGUUUACGAGCUGUUUGGAUUUAUAAUUAAGUGUUAGUGGACGAGUAGAAUAUUUUAUUAUAAAGAGAAAGAUUCGUGAUGCUUAAUGAAUGUAACAAACUAUGUGACAAAUAAUAAGAAAUUUAAAUUCUUACCCUAAUUGGUGUUUAAAAUUUUGAAUAGCGAGGAUAUUAGAACUCGAGACAAUGGUAGAUAAGGGACUUUUUCAAGUGACGAUCGGGAAACAAUUUCCAAUCCGUGUUUUUGCAUUGUAAAUAUAGUUAAUUACAAAUAUACUUAAUUUAAUGUCAUUGUGAAAUUCCGUUUUUGUUUUUCAUGUUUAUUUUCGACAUCUUAUUGGUUAGAACAUGAACAAAUUCUACCUCACUGAUUUUUAUUUUAGGUUUUUGUAUGUUUAGUUUCUAUAAGUUGCAUAGAGUUAAACUGUAAUUAUAUUUAGUAGUACGAUUUCGCCUGUUCGAAUCUUAAGACUGUAUGCAGGAGAACUUUGUUGAUCCUUUUUAUUCAACUUUGACAUUUCACUGCAUUUUAUUUAUACAUUAUUUUUUGUGAUUCGACAGAAUUUUUAAAUUUAUGAAUGUAUCUAUUCUAAUGAGAAUAAAUAUGUAAAUAACA